CCGCGGACCCAAACCCGGCCUCCUGCCUUUUACAUCCGACCCUCAGCGGUGCUGUCACCAGAACCCUCCAGCGCGCUGCGGAGUGCAGCCUCCACUCGAGUGAGAGAGAGCGACAUGGCGGCGACCAAGUCCGAGAAUCUCUCCCUGGUGGUGCACGGACCUGGGGACCUGCGCCUGGAGAACUAUCCAAUCCCUGAGCCAGGCCCAAAUGAGGUGCUACUGAAGAUGCAUUCUGUUGGAAUCUGCGGCUCAGAUGUCCACUACUGGCAGAAUGGUCGAAUUGGGGAUUUUAUUGUGAAAAAGCCAAUGGUGCUGGGACAUGAAGCUUCUGGAACAGUUGUAAAAGUGGGAUCAUUGGUCAAACACUUAAAACCAGGUGAUCGUGUUGCCAUCGAGCCUGGUGCUCCCCGAGUAACCGAUGAAUUCUGCAAGAUGGGCCGAUACAACUUGUCACCGACCAUCUUCUUCUGUGCCACGCCCCCUGAUGAUGGAAACCUCUGCCGCUUCUACAAGCACAAUGCUGACUUCUGUUACAAGCUUCCUGACAAUGUCACCUUUGAGGAAGGGGCCCUGAUUGAGCCACUUUCUGUGGGGAUCCAUGCCUGCCGGCGAGCUGGAAUCACCCUUGGACACAAGGUCUUUGUGUGUGGAGCUGGGCCUAUUGGAAUGGUCACUUUGCUUGUUGCCAAAGCAAUGGGAGCAGCUCAAGUACUGGUGAUGGAUCUGUCUGCCUCAAGGUUGUCUAAAGCCACAGAAGUCGGGGCUGAUUUUGUCCUCCAGAUCUCCAAGGAGACUCCUCAGGAAAUUGCCAGUAAAGUGGAAGGUCUGCUGGGCUGCAAGCCUGAAGUCACCAUCGAGUGCACAGGAGCAGAGGCUGCUAUCCAGGCGGGCAUCUACGCCACUCGUUCUGGUGGGACCCUGGUGCUCGUGGGGCUGGGCCCUGAGAUGACUAAAGUGCCCCUAGUGCAUGCAGCCAUUCGAGAGGUGGAUAUCAAGGGCGUGUUUCGAUACUGUAACACGUGGCCAGUGGCGAUUUCAAUGCUUGCAUCUAAGUCUGUGAAUGUAAAGCCCUUAGUCACCCAUAGGUUUCCUCUGGAGAAAGCUCUGGAAGCCUUUGAAACAUCGAGAAAGGGGUUGGGUUUGAAAGUCAUGCUCAAGUGUGACCCCAAUGACCAGAAUCCCUGAUAUUAAUUGGGAUCUGCCUUCAUCCCCACUCUCUCAGCAUCUCAGGGCCAAUGGCUGGGUGGGGGUGAGCUUUGAUGCAGUGAUAAGAAUAGUAGUAAGGAUAAUUAAAAUAAUUUAUUAUAAGCAGAGAGCUUUACACUGAGGAGUUGCAGUGCCUUAAAAACCCAAGUGGGAAUAGUUUGGGGGAACUUGCAGCCAGAAUGACCUGUUCAUGUUAAGCAAAGCUCAGCAACUAGAGCAGAGCUUGACAGGUCCAUGCUGUGAAUGCCCCUUCUUCCUUGAGUGUUGUUGUUGAGCAAGGAAAGAAAUCUGCCUAUUGUGUUCCUGGUUCUACUGUGACUGUGACCAGGCCAGGGAUGGGGGCUCAGUUAUGAAGAGAACUCUAACAAGACUUAACUGACCCAGAAGCUAAUUUGCACAAAAAUCUGUAACUCAGGGUCUAGGAUGCGGGUGAAGGGGUAUAGGCAGUUUUAAUUUAGAGCACAGUAUGUCUAGAUAUAAGUGCUAUUUAUUUGGUUUGAUGAUGAAAAGAGAAUAAAGACCUGACCUUCCUGGGUCUAGGAUAAUUUUAAAACCAAUCCGUCAAAUAAAAAGACUCUCUCAUACAAAAUUAUACCUGCUUGCCUUCUCCAAAAGUCAAGCAACUUCUCAACGCUGUUUGAAGUAUGCCUGUUCCUCAACUCCUGUGUAAAUUACUUUGUAUGGUGAAGAACCACCUUACCCAAACUCACCACCCUUCACCAGGGAUGGCCACUGCUGGCUCCUUUUUCACUAGGCAACCAGGAGCCUCCUGUGUAAGGACCCUCACAUGGAGUCUUCCUGGAAGAACUUAAAUCCCGCCUCUGACUAGCCCAAGCCUGUCUUACCAACCUUAGCAUCCCCUUCUAGGCUCAAACUCUUAUGGUUAUUAGACAAUUCCAUUAAUUCUGGUAAAUAGAAACAGAAAACCUUUCCCAUUCUCAUAGCUACUUAGGCUCUUGGUAUCUUUCUAUCUUAUUUUAGUCCUGGGGUUUUCCCCUUAAAGAUUUGGAUGCAAAUCACGUUAUGUCUGUUUGUGACUUUGAGAGUGUUAAUCAAGAAUGAGGAUAUAGUAGCUGUGACAUAACUUGGCCUUGGAAGUUUGAAGAGGUUCUGCCCUUUUUAUGACAACAGAAGACUGUGACAGUGCCUGGAGUUCCUCAAACUGCUUUGAAUAAUAAUCCUGCUUCAAAAUUCAAUAAAUUCUGCUUGUCUGCCUGACCACUGCUGC